UUUGUCAGAUUAUUCGAAGAGAAUCGCGAUUUACUGAAUCUGUUCGAGAAAUUCCAGACAUUGAAGACAAAGGAGUCUCAGAUGGAAAGCAUGGAAUUAGCAGAACACGCGUCCCUUGUUAUGACUUCCUUGGAUGAGGCCAUCAAUUCACUUGAAAACGUCGACUAUUUCAUUGAAUACUUGCACUCAAUCGGAAAACUACACCAUAAAGUGCCCGGAUUUCAUAAGGAAUACUUCUGGAAAAUCGAGAGUCCAUUCCUGGAAGCAGUUAAGGAGACAUUAGAUGAGAGAUACACUGAGAACAUGGAAACCAUAUAUAAGAUAAUCAUUAAAUUCAUUUUGCAAACACUUGUCGAGGGAUACGAGAACUCGAGUCCCGGUAACAAAGAAGGGCUCACAUCUAAAUCGGUUGAGAUUAAUGUUAAUGAUGUGCCAAACGAGUCGUGAUUUCAUUGACAUCUAAUAAACACAUUUCACACAUUAUCUCAUAUACGUUGGGCUCCGGAAUCAAAUUGUCUACAAUUUGUACAAAUAAUUGAUUGAAUCGGAUAUCGGAUUUGGUUUUAUGAUUUGACUUUGAUUUCUAUGAAAUAAUGAGAUCAUCGGUUGCUAUCACCAUAACAUCAUAACUGAAGACAUGGUCUUUACCUCAACGAUAAGUCAAGAGUCCACUAAUUUAUGACUUAUUCUCAAUGAAUGGCAACUCAUUUAUGGAUUACUUUUCCUUAGUCUCAAUAAUAAUGUAUAUAAUCUUAAAGUAAUGAAAAUAUGAGAUGAACUCAAAACUGAACUAAUUUUUAAGAAAACAGUUAUUAUAUGAAUAGAUGUGUUAAGAAUUGUAUUCAACAAAAAACAAGUGAUUCACUCGACUCUGCCUUUUGGUGGAAACACUUUUAUCACAACAUUUAGGAAAUAAAAUCUCGAUUUGAAAAUGUUAUGAUUUUUUAUAGUAAAUAAAAUACAAUUAAAAUACAACUUUUAAAGUUUCUUGUUUUUUAGUGUAACGGUA